AUGACCAUCAUUAGAGACUUGGUAGCGCAGAAAGCUGGCUGCGUCGUGGACAGGAGAGAGCAGUGCAUUUCGCCCAGCUGCCUGCAGAACUUCCAGUCCGGUGGCUAUGCAGUUGGCUGCAGUCUCCUAGAACAGGGGAGGUCCAGCUAUCCGCCGGGGCGAAACGCGCGCUACUCCUUCCCAGGGCCCUGCCCGCUCAGCGCGGAAGGGGCGAAGACGGAAGAGUGCCUAGAAGACUAUCCUGGUGGGCUUUGUGACCAGCCAGAUGGCACAGAAAACUGCACUUUCCAUCUCGAGGAUGCAGGGUACGUGACGCUGGAUGAGCUCAGUGGACGAAACCAGUCGCUGGACUUCGCUGACUGGUGCGCCCAAGGCUUUCGCGAAUGGGAGCCCUCCACGGACCGGGGGGUGGGCAUGAGCUUCUGGGACAACCUCCACAAUGGCGCCAUGGGCAAGGAGACCACACCUGGAGGAGUGCCGCCGUUGUCCUUGAAGUUGCCCUCAGUCAGAGAUACGUUUCCCUCCGCCGUGCUCGCAUCCAUCUCAGUGUGGCCCUUUGAGAGCGGCGAGGUCAGCGUUCAGUGCUACAACGCUGCCCUGACCCUCGCAGCUAUCUACGAACAUGCUGACUUGGCGGUUGUUUGUGAGAACGAGCGCUACCUGGACCUCUGCCGCCUUUCGCUUGGCGAGGCUCAUCCUUCUCUCAGUUCGCUGAAUGGUGCCAUCGCGGAAAAUUUGGUCCGCGUCCUCAUGCCCUGCAAGUCUGUGCGGGCCCAACACGGGCCCGGCUGCUCCUUGCUGCAGCUGGUGGGGCAGCUCUGCGCGCAUCCGUUGUACAGAUUGACGACUGUGCGCAGCCUGCCACAGACUCGGCGCGGAGCAGAGGCAUUCACAUCGGACUCCUGGUUGGCACUCCAAAGGCGAUUGCUCCAGUUGUCCGAGACAGGGGCCCUGGUCGACAGGAGCGUCCGGCGCGCUGCCGGACCCUCGCAGCCUCCGUCUUCCUGUGGGGCCAGGGCGCCGCCGACGCACCAGUGGAUCCGUUGCGGAAGCUGCCCAUCUGGCAGCAGUCCCUUGACCCCCUGCAGGUGCACGCAGACCCGCAUCAGGUGGGUCGCUUGGAGCGAAGUCUGGCUUCGGUCAGCAACUGCCAGGCCAUGGUGCCGACUCUCUCCACGUUUGCUGCACGAGCGGCAGCCAUGCUGCGGUCCUCGGCAUACCUACACCAGUACGAGCGGUAUGGCUUGGGUCGGGAGGACAUGA